AUUGUCUUAAUAACCAUGCAAACUGUCAGCUUUAAUGAUUCCACAUAUAUACCUCAUGCAGCCUAUGAUGGUAGGUUCUGUACUGAUGAUUCUGAUGGCUGCACUGGUGUGAUAUGCUUUGAGGAGGUGACAUGUGUCGAUGUCCCUGCCCCUGGAGUUGGAGCAAUGUGUGGACCAUGCCCAGUAGGGUAUUUCGGAGAUGGACAGAAAUGUGAUGAUAUCAACGAGUGUGAGGAGGAUGCUCACAACUGUACUGAUGUCUGUGUGAAUGUACAGGGAGGAUUCAAGUGUGCCUGUAACCAAGGUUACACACUAGCCGACCCCACAUCAUGUACAGAUGUUGAUGAGUGUAGUGUAUUGAAUGGUGGCUGCCAUCAAGUAUGCAACAACUUUGAGGGAGGGUUCGAGUGUGACUGUUCAGACGGAUUUGGAUUGACCAAUGACAACACAACAUGUCAAGUUCUACCGGAGUCUUCUUGUUCUAAUGACGCUAUAUGCUCUCAAAACUGUGUGAGGUUGUUCGGUGUGGAGGUGUGUAGCUGUAACCUUGGAUACACACUGGAUAUAGAUAAUUUCACCUGUUCGGAUGUGGACGAGUGUGCAGAGUCACCAUGUGAUCAAGAGUGCAGUAACUCUGAUGGAGGAUUCGAGUGUGUCUGUGAGGGAGGAUAUGUGUUGGACACGGAUGAGAGGAGCUGUUUGGAUAUAGACGAGUGCUCGGUAGCUGCCGAGAAUGAUACUGACCUUUGCACCUCUCCCAUGUUCUGCUCUAAUACACUGGGUGACUUUGAGUGUUUGUGCCCUGGGGGGACUGAGCAAGCAGGUGGCACAUGUGUCUCCAUAGGUACAAAUGUUCGUCGUGUCAAUGAUUCUGUGAUUGGAGAUCCACUGAUGACUGUACCACUCUACCUCACCAACACUAGUGCACUACAGAGCAAUAUCAAUCUCGGAGAAAAUGAAGUUAUUAAUCUUUGCUUUGAAAUUCACGGUCGAUCUGACGAAUAUUUCAAUCUCGUGUCCGACUCUUGUAUUAGCGUGAAUGCACAUUACCAGCGAGCAGAUCCACAACUACCCGCCAAUAUUAUUGAUGAGAUAACAGUUCGAGCAGUUGGCCUUGACGGGAUCUGCCGAAAUAUUUCAGUCAGUGUCGAAAAUUGCCAGGCAACAGUCGAUGGAUCUGUGCUCGAUGAGACUUACACAAGUGCUGGAAUAUCUGUGAGACUGUAUCGAAAUCGUGUUCGAAUUUCUGCUCCUAAUUGCCAAGACCUUGAUUUGGUGAUGUGGGUGUUUUGUGAGCAGAGAGAGUUGAGGGGCUACCCUGAACUGGGAGAGCCUGAUGUCGUGGUCAAUGUUAGUAUGAUCCACUUUGUGAUUGCUCGUGGACUUAAUAUCAGAGAAUCAGCUCAUGGCUUGCUGGGUCAAUUUUGGAAUGUUCCCAUCACCAUCGAGCGCUACUUGGGCUCUCUCUCUGAUGGGAGCACACGAGACGAUACUUACAUCCUGACUGUCAACUAUACACGCCCCCUCGUCGUUUUGUGACCUUCCUGCACUCUCCGACGUGGGACAGACGAGGGAAGGAGUACUGUUUGUACGGGGGUAACCGACAGGGUGGAGGGAUACUUGAGAUAGAGUCACCAAAUGAUCCCAUUAUCCAGGGACGCUACAGAGACUAUAUCGUGGGGGAACAGUUCGGAGUGGACUUUAUGUAUUCUCAUUUUGAAUUUUCAGAGUGUAGUCAGUGAAUAAUUAUCGUAGCAAUUAUAGAGAGACUUCUAAGUGUGCGUUAACUUUAACUAUCUUAGUGUCAAUAUUAUUGUUAUGUUGCCAUAUUAUACUGUGUCUUGUAUAACUAGUUAUUUCAUGUAAUUUUUAUAAUAAUAAUGUGUAGUUCCAAGAAAAAAUAUCUCGUAAUUGGA